AUGAACGAUGAUGAGGACAACAUGAUCUUUCAGUUUGACCCCAACUCCUGUCCUCGGAAGAAGAACCCGAAUUCCAGGCCCCUAUCAGUUCCAUUUGUGAUCUUUGCUCCUGGCCUGCAAGUACCGGGCGGAAAGUCGUUCUCCGGCCGCAUGGCUAUUACCGAAGACGGAGACGGAUACGGGGACGAGAAUCCGUCCAUCGGCGUGCAUAUCGAAGAGAUGAUCCUCGCUACCUUCUCACAGACCUAUUCCAAUAUGGCCCGCUCACGUUGGCCAGAGAUUAUGCGUUACUUUCCCAGAAUGAGCGCCACGAUCAUCCUCCCGACGCAGAAAGGACGGCUGCUCGUCAUUCUAUUUUCAACACAGUUGAGGGAUAUCUGGGAGGGUGCCAAGGAGCCCGGAAACACUACUUCCCCGUUCACAAAUUUACGCACCAUCCGCAGGGCACGGGAGUUCGAGGUCGACGGGGUGGGAUUAACAAAUGGCUGUGCCCAUAUAUAUGUUAUGCCGAGUGAGAACGUUGCCGACUUAGCUCUCAGCGUGUCAAAAUGGGAAAGCGCCGUAGGAGCACUCGGCAUGGACAGCUAG